AUGUCUACAGGUGAAGAAAUUCCAAAAGAGCCAAACACAAACCCUAGAGGUGACUUCGGUUUGAUCGGUUUGGCUGUUAUGGGUCAAAACUUGAUCCUUAACGCUGCUGACCACGGAUACACUGUUGUUGCUUACAACAGAACCACUUCCAAGGUUGACCACUUUAUUGCCAACGAAGCUAAAGGCAAGUCCAUCAUUGGUGUCCACUCUGUCAAGUCUUUGGUUGCCAACUUGAAGAGACCAAGAAAGAUUAUGUUGUUGGUCAAGGCUGGUGACGCCGUUGACAACUUUAUCGGUCAAUUGCUCCCAUUCUUGGACAAAGGUGACAUUAUCAUCGAUGGUGGUAACUCACACUUUCCAGACUCAAACAGAAGAUUUGAGGAAUUGAAGGAAAAGGGAAUCUUGUUUGUCGGUACCGGUGUCUCUGGUGGUGAAGAAGGUGCUAGAACUGGUCCAUCUUUGAUGCCAGGUGGUAACGAAGCUGCAUGGCCAAAAAUCAAAGCUAUCUUUCAAGACAUUGCCGCUAAAUCCGACGGUGAACCAUGUUGUGACUGGGUCGGUGACGCUGGUGCAGGUCACUACGUCAAGAUGGUCCACAAUGGUAUCGAAUACGGUGACAUGCAAUUGAUUUGUGAAGCUUACGAUGUCAUGAAGAGAGUUGGUAAGUUUACCGACAAGGAAAUCGCCGAUGUCUUUGCCAAAUGGAACAAUGGUGUCUUGGACUCAUUCUUGAUUGAAAUCACUAGAGAUAUCUUGAAAUUCGAUGACCCAACCGAUGGUGAGCCAGUUGUCGAAAAGAUUUUGGACACUGCUGGUCAAAAAGGUACUGGUAAAUGGACUGCUAUCAAUGCCCUUGACUUGGGUGUUCCAGUCACUUUGAUUGGUGAAGCUGUCUUUGCAAGAUGUCUUUCUGCUUUGAAGGCUGAGAGAGUUAAGGCCUCAAAGAUUUUGGAGGGCCCAGAAGUUGGUGCUGAAUCACCAAUCAAGGACAAGCAAAAGUUUAUCGACGACUUGGAACAAGCCUUGUACGCCUCAAAGAUUAUCUCAUACGCUCAAGGUUUUAUGUUGAUGAACCAAGCUGCUAAGGACUAUGGCUGGAAAUUGAACAAUGCUGGUAUUGCUUUGAUGUGGAGAGGUGGUUGUAUCAUUAGAUCAGUCUUUUUGAAGGAAAUCACUUCUGCUUACAGAGAAAACCCAGAGUUGGACAACUUGUUGUUCCACCCAUUCUUCAAGGAUGCCAUCACCAAGGCUCAAUCAGGAUGGAGAUCAGCCAUUGGCCAAGCCAUUGCCAACGGUAUUCCAACCCCAGCUUUCUCAACUGCUUUGGCCUUUUACGAUGGUUUGAGAUCAUCUAAAUUGCCAGCAAACUUGUUGCAAGCCCAAAGAGACUACUUUGGUGCCCACACUUUCCAAGUUCUUCCAGGUAAAGAAAACGACUUUUUGCCAAAGGACCAAUGGGUGCACGUCAACUGGACCGGUAGAGGUGGUAACGUUUCUGCCUCCAACUACGACGCAUAG